AUGCGAGCGGUGGCCCAGGGCACGGGAAACGCCCUCCUAAAUCCGGGCCGGGCCGCCAGGACAGCCUCCCGCAGCUCCCAGAGGAGUUCUGUCCUUGGAGCUGGCCGCCCUGCGAGCGGGCUUUUCUCUAGCUGCGGCGCGCGGAGGCGCCUGUCCGGCCGCGGGGCCAAGCCUGUGAUCGCAGAGUCUUCCCUCGUGAAGCACCAUCUCGGGGCGCGUGGGCUCAGUCGUUGCGGUUCCUGGGCUCCUAGAGCGCAGGCUCGGUAG